AUUGCCUGUUUUGAUAUCUCUGGGACUGAGGCUGCAGCUGUGUUGGGCAACUUUAGAGAGUGUGAUCCAGGAACUUAUCCCUAUUUUCCAUUCAGAAGAAGUGCAAAAUGGCCCCAGAAAAGAACGAACUGGUCUUCUUUGUAAAUGGCAAGAAGAUAGUGGAGAAGAAUGUGGAUCCAGAAACUACUUUGCUAACCUACCUUAGAAGGAAAUUGGGCUUGUGUGGAACCAAGCUGGGCUGUGGAGAAGGAGGCUGUGGUGCUUGCACAGUCAUGAUUUCCAAGAUUGACAACUCCCGAAACAAAAUCAUCCAUUAUUCUGCAAAUGCAUGUUUAUUCCCUAUCUGUGCUCUCCAUCAUGUAGCUGUAACCACUGUUGAAGGCAUUGGUAGCACGAAGACAAGGCUGCACCCUGUACAGGAGAGAAUAGCCAAAAGCCAUGGAUCACAGUGUGGUUUCUGCACUCCUGGGAUUGUCAUGUCUAUGUAUACAUUGCUUCGUAAUCACCCUCAGCCUAGAAUGGAAGAAAUUGAAGAUGCUUUUCAAGGAAAUCUCUGCCGCUGUACAGGAUACAGACCCAUUCUGGAGGGGUACAGAACAUUUGCAAAGGAAGGAGGAUGCUGUGGAAAACUAAAAGGAAAAGGUUGCUGUAUGGCUGGAAAAGAAAAAAAUGUGGUUCAGGGGUGCAAUAAUAAACAAGUUAAUGGCCUGGACUGUUGCAUGAAUGAAAAAAAAGGCAAUUCGAAACUGAUUACCACAACUCUGUUCAAUACGUCUGAGUUCCAGCCUUUAGACCCUACCCAAGAGCCUAUAUUCCCACCUGAGUUAUUGAUACAGAAAAAGCCUGUUGAGCAACUGUGUUUCAAAGGCGAGCGAGUGAUGUGGUUGCAACCAUCAACUCUCAAGGAACUUGUUUCUCUGAAAGCUCAGCACCCCGAUGCCAAGCUUGUAGUAGGGAACACAGAAGUGGGUAUUGAAAUGAGAUUAAAGAACAUGCUGUACCCUGUGAUUAUAGCCCCAACUUGGAUCCCAGAAAUGAACUCUGUUCAGCACACAGAAGAGGGAAUCAGAUUUGGUGCCUCCUGCAGCCUGAGCUGUGUGGAAGAGGAACUCAGGAAGGCAGUGGCCCAUUUUCCUUCUCACCAAGUAGAGGUCUUCCAAGCUGUCCUAGAACAACUGAGAUGGUUUGCAGGACCUCAGAUCCGCAAUGUUGCAGCUAUUGGUGGAAAUAUAAUGACUGCAAGUCCAAUAUCUGACCUAAAUCCAGUGUUGAUGGCAAGUGGGAGCAAACUGACUUUGGUGUCAAAUGAGGGCAGCAGGACAAUAAGGAUGGAUGAAAAAUUCUUUACUGGGUAUAGAAAAACUAUACUGAAGCCUCAAGAAAUACUGCUUUCAGUUGAGAUUCCCUUCAGUAGGGAGGAUGAAUAUUUCUCUGCCUUCAAGCAAGCUUCAAGACGGGAGGAUGACAUUGCCAUUGUGACCUGUGGAAUGAGAGUUCGAUUUCGAGAGGGAACCAAUCGAUUAGAAGAGAUUAAGCUGAGUUAUGGGGGAAUGGCUCCCACAACAGUCAUGGCUGUAAAAACCUGUCAGGAGCUGAUUGGGAGAGAGUGGAAAGAAGAUCUCCUGCAGGAAGCUUGCCAUUUGCUGGCUGAGGAGAUGAAUCUUUCCCCUUCGGCCCCUGGUGGCAUGGUGGAUUUCCGUCGAACUCUCGUGCUCAGCUUUUUCUUUAAGUUCUACCUCACAGUGCUUCAGAAACGAAGCAUAAAAUUAAAUGGCAAUAAUAAUUUGAGUGAUUUGGUCCCUUGCACACAUGCUAGUGCCACUGAAUUAUUUAACAAGGAUCCUGUUAGCAACGUCCAGUUUUUCCAAGAAGUGCCUAAUGAGCAAUCCAUUGAUGAUACGGUGGGACGACCCCUGAUGCAUUUGUCAGCUGCCAAGCAGGCAAGCGGAGAGGCAGUCUACUGUGAUGACAUCCCUUCUUACACAAAUGAACUUUACCUAACACUGGUUACCAGCACCAAAGCCCAUGCUAAAAUUACUUCCAUUGAUACCUCUGAGGCUCAGAAUGUACCCGGCUUUGUGUGCUUUGUCUCUGAUCAGGAUGUUCCAGGGAGUGACAUUUCUGGGAUUUGUAAUGAUGAAACCAUCUUUGCAAAAGACAUUGUGACAUGUGUUGGGCACAUUAUUGGUGCAGUAUUGGCAGAUACACAGGAACAUUCCCGAAGAGCUGCUAAAGCAGUGAAGAUCACAUAUGAAGAGCUUACACCAAUUAUAACUAUCCAGGAAGCCAUUGAGAAAGAAUCUUUCUUUAAGACUGAUAGGAAGAUUGAAAAAGGAAAUAUCCAGAAAGGAUUUGAAGAGGCUGAUCAUAUUGUGGAAGGGGAGAUGCACAUUGGUGGCCAGGAACAUUUUUAUCUGGAGACUCACUGCACAAUUGCUGUGCCAAAAGGAGAAGAUGGAGAAAUGGAACUCUUUGUCUCCACCCAAAACUUAGCAAAGACACAGGAAUUUGUUGCUAACGCUUUAGGCGUUCCUGCUAAUCGAAUUCUGGUUCGCGUGAAGAGAAUGGGAGGAGGAUUUGGAGGGAAAGAAUCUAGAAGCAUGAUCUUGUCUACAGUUGUUGCAGUAGCUGCUGCUAAGACUGGUUGCCCAGUACGAUGCAUGCUUGAUCGAGAUGAAGAUAUGUUGAUUUCUGGUGGAAGACAUCCAUAUUGGGCACAGUAUAAGGUUGGCUUUAAGAAAAAUGGAAGGAUUACCAGCCUAGAUGUGUCAUAUUACAGCAAUGGAGGAAAUUCUAUUGAUCUUUCUCAUGGGGUUAUGGACAGAGCUGUGCUUCACAUGGACAAUUGCUACAACAUCCCAAAUAUCAGAGGUAUCGGUAUUGUCUGUAAAACGAAUCUGGCCUCCAACACAGCCUUCCGUGGAUUUGGGGGUCCCCAGGGAAUGAUGGUUGCUGAGUGCUGGAUAAGUGAGAUAGCCUUGAAGUGUGGGCUGCCAGCAGAAGAGGUACGAAAAAUCAAUCUGUAUAAUGAAGGAGAUUUAACUCAUUUCGAUCAAAAGCUUGUGGGGUUCACCGUGAAAAGAUGUUGGGAAGAGUGCCUUGCAAAAUCGAAGUAUCAUGCCAGAAGAACAAACAUUGAGAAGUUCAACCAGCAGAAUCGCUGGAAGAAAAGGGGCAUAGCCAUUAUUCCUACCAAGUUUGGGAUCAGCUUCACCGUUCCUUUUCUGAAUCAGGCUGGUGCAUUGGUACAUGUUUACACGGAUGGUUCAGUGUUGCUCACACAUGGUGGGACUGAGAUGGGCCAAGGUCUGCACACCAAGAUGAUUCAGGUUGCCAGCAAGACUCUGGGAAUCCCUACCUCUGAGAUCCAUAUAAGUGAGACAAGCACCAACACAGUGCCAAAUACAUCACCAACAGCUGCUUCUGUCAGUGCUGAUAUCAAUGGGAUGGCUGUUUUUAAUGCUUGCCAGACCAUCUUAGAACGAUUGGAGCCAUUCAGAUGUGCUAACCGAAAAGGAUCGUGGAAAGACUGGGUGUUAGCAGCCUAUCAUGAUUGUGUGAGUUUAUCAGCUACAGGGUUUUAUAGAAUUCCUAAUGUUGGGUAUGACUUCUCGAAGAAUGCAGGAAAGCCUUUCCAUUAUUUCUCCUAUGGUGUUUCUUGUUCUGAGGUUGAGAUAGAUUGUCUGACUGGUGACCAUAAGAAUCUUCGCACUGAUAUUGUGAUGGAUGUUGGCACCAGCCUGAAUCCAGCUAUAGAUAUAGGGCAGAUUGAAGGAGCAUUUGUCCAAGGAAUUGGGCUGUUUACCAUGGAGGAGCUACGCUAUUCCCCCGAAGGCAACUUGUAUACACGAGGGCCUGGAAUGUACAAGAUCCCUGCAUUUGGUGACAUUCCAUCAGAGUUCCAUGUUUCUCUUCUCCGGGAUUGUCCAAACAGCAAAGCCAUUUAUUCAUCUAAGGCUGUGGGUGAGCCUCCAUUGUUCUUAGCAGCCUCUGUGUUUUAUGCUAUCAAAGAUGCAAUUGUCUCUGCAAGGAAAGAAUCUGCAUUGAAAGGAGCAUUCAGAUUAGAUAGUCCAGUUACUCCAGAAAGAAUACGCAAUGCUUGUGUUGAUUCCUUCACCAAAUUGUGUCCACCUGCUAAACCAGGAACUUUCAAACCAUGGUCUGUGAAUGUGUGAAUGAAGACAUCUCUAGAAAUUAGCUCCACUUAUUAAAGUGGUUUUAUCUCCAGGGACCAACCAAAGCAGUACCUCUAAGCUGAAAUCAGAACUGUAUUCUGUGUCUACCUUAUUGAUUGAGAAAGCUUUAUAAUGUAAUUGUGGAAGUAUCAGUUGAUCAAGAAAAAUGUUAUUGUUGAUAAAUUAUUGCACAUGUUAUAUAUAACAAAGGGAGGGAGAGAAAAUUACUUUUCUUUUGUGAACAGAAAGUUUGCAAUGGUUCCUUUAAGUUUGCAGUGAAAAUCAGGGAAACACUAUGCAUAUGUUCACUUUUCAAGUGCAAUCAUGAGAUCCAGCCUCAAAAAUGUAGCUUUAGCUGAUUUGAUGCAGCCAAUUAAUCAUCAUCAUCACAUCUAAUUUCAUCUUAAUCUUUUUUUUUUAAAGUUUUUAUUUUUUAAGACAAACAAACAUUUAAUACAUCAAUCAUCCCUACCCUGUGACAUCUCGGUAUUGACUUCUUCAGUUCUUUUUAUUCUUCUUGUUCCAACAGUUUCUUCUAUCUUAAUCAUCAUCCAAACCACUAUAAAAGUUCAUUCCUACAACCAUAUUCUUGCCAUCAAAUUUUUACACGUAGUUAUAAAAUUAAUCAUUUAUAUCUCUUUUCCAACCAACAAUAGAAAUAAUUCCAUAUUCUAAAGUAUUCUGAUUCUUCCCUAUCUUUAAUCAACAAAGUUAAUUGGUUCAUUUCUGCACAAUCUAAAAUCUUUUUUAUUACUUCAUCUUCCAAAGGUAUUUUCUCUAAUUUACAAUUUUGAUUAUAAACAAUUGUUUAUGUUUAUGCUCCUCUUAAUCUUUUGGAUGGAUCACUGAAGAUGGUAAGACAGUCAGGAGAGGCCAUUGUUUCAUUUUCCUUUUGUGUACUAAGAAUGAGAGAGGUAGUUUAAUGGCUAUCAGAGCAUUUUUGGCCUCUGUUUUCAGCUUCCUGUUCUUUCAAAUUUGUUAGAGUAAAAUCAGUGUCAUCCCCUUAGUCAGAGUGAGACAAUCACCCCAGGGAGCAAAUGCGAGGCAUAUAACGAUCCAAAACCCAAAUCCAUGGGAUCAUGAUCCAUUGAACUCAAUGGGACUUACUUUUGAGUUGACAUAUACAGGAUAUCAGUAACCUAUAUGUGGACAUAUCAUAGAAAGCUGUUUUUCUCACAACUUAUGGAACAUUAUCGUCAGUUUAAUUUUGUCAGAAAGAAUGGUUAGGUUAAAUGGAGGAUUGUGGGAUUGCACAAAAGCACAGUUUGUGGAGGCUUAUUAGGGUCUUCCCAUAUUUUACCCUAUAGUGUUUGUUGAAUGUAGUGUUUAUUUAACCAAACACUCCGCUACAUGGAUAUUGAUUUUUCCCCUUUUAUCCAUUCUAUGCUAUGAUACGUUUGUGUGAAGGCUAGGGUUAUUAUUAUUGCAUUCUGUACUCAUGAUGAAUAUGUCCCAAAUCCAUGAAUUUUAAAACAAAUUACAAAAAAUGAAAUACAUUGUACAAUAAACAUAUUUUCUAUAGAUAAGAAGUUAAGGAACCCUAAAAUAUUAGAGAAAUGGGAAGAAUCCUGGACAAGUUGAUCAUAUUAGUUCCAACUCAGGAGGAGAAAUGUAUAGGUGAACUGACUGGACUGUCCUCCUGAAGAUGAAUUAGUUCAUAAUAUAUCUGAAGUGUUUAAAAGCCAUUUAGUUCACCAUAUAACUAUUGGGCAUUUCUCCAUUUCUCCCACAACAAAUCCCAUUGUACUUUUUGUGCUAUUCUUUUAGGAUCUUAGAAUCCUAAAUUUUAGAAUCAAUGUCAAAUACUACAAUCUCAUUUCCAAAUGUUCAGAAACCAGGUAAUGGUGUCAUUCAAAGAUCUUGACUUUGCCUUGGGCUCUUGGGAUGCGGUUUCUGGUUGAUACGAAGAAAAUUGUAUGAAAGCAAUGUGUACAUUCCUACAACAGAAAAACAACACACAACAUUUUAGUGUUUUCUAACAAAAGAAAUUAAUCUGUCAAAAGUGAAGAAGUACGUAAGCACUGCCGAUUCAAAUCUUGAAUGGAAAAAUAUAGUCAUAUUAUUUUCAUGUAAUUUAAUUCCUAAUGAUUUCAAUGGGUGUACUCUAAGUAUGACUAAAUUGUAAUCAAACGUGUUGUUUUUACAAGUGAUUGCUGAGUCGAGGAAUACAGUACAACCAUGCUGCAUAUUAAAUGUCCUCACGGACUACAAGAUUGUAAAAAGGGAGUUAUGGUACUGUUUUAUAAUAAGGUGAAAUAAAUUGGUUACAACUCU